GGUUCAAAUCAACACAGUAUACCCACUGAGGAGAUGAAUGUCUUUUUGGUCGGCAUUCUUUUUAUCACCUUGAAUGGAGUUCGAGUUUACUGCAUUACUGAGAGCUAUUCCUUUCUUGUUUCCGAAAAUGGAGCGACUUUUACCGAAGAUGUAGAAGUGGAUGUCGACAAUCAAACCGAAGUGAUCCGUGUUCCUCAACACAGCGACGCGGACGCAAUGGAAAUGAUGAAUGACUUUGGCGAGGGUUUGUCUGUUUACAGAGUACCAUCAGCACGUGCCUGCUAUGUAUCUAAACUGGAUUCAUCUCUUCCAGAGCCGGGGAAGAUGAGAGUCAACAUGGAACAGGUAGAGUCUACAGAUCAUAUAAAUCAGAGAUUCUAAUCUCUUGGUAGAGUGAGGAGUUAUCAAAUUCAAUUUCAAUGGUGUUUUAAUUUGUUGAAGCGGAUUUUACUUUUCAUCACGACUGUAGCUGUCGGUAAGUUAAAGAUUAAGUUUGGUUACACAUUAGUCACGCGCAAGAUCAAAAUGCCAUUAUAGUACCUCGUGGGUUGUUGCUUGAAAGAGAGUUAAUGGGAAAGAGUUAUCUGCGAAGGUAUGUCCCUGUCUGAGAAAGUGUUCCAGGAGCCAAAAGUGAUGGUCAACCGAUUUGGCUGAAACUUGAAUUGGCCCAAAAGUUGAG